AGAACUCCUUUCUUUUCGAAACCAAAAUGGCGUCCAAGAAGCCUGCGCAAAUAGAAGUUGUACAAAUUGACUCAGUUGUAAGUAUCGUUUUGCGCAGAUUUCGUGUUUAUAACGUCUCUUUUUAACAUUAAAGCACUUUGAUUCUAUUUUGAGGAAAAAUUAUGAUAUUUUAAAGAGAAUAAAAAUAUCCGGCGUUUGUCACGUGUACAUGGCAUCUGUUAUUACCUUUUAUCUUUCAGGUACUUUUGAAAAUUAUUAAACAUUGUCAAGAUGACGGGAUGUCAGCUUCUGACCCAGUUCAAGGAGUAUUGUUAGGACUGAUUGAAGGAACAAAAUUAGAAGUUACCAAUUGUUUCCCGAUUCCCAAGACUACUGAAGAAGAUGAUUUUGAUGAAAUGUAUUAUCAAAUCGAAGUCAUUAGGAAAUUAAGACAUGUUAACGUAGACCAUUUAAGUGUUGGAUGGUAUCAAAGUAAUUGUUAUGGUUCAUUCAUCAAUAAAGGUGUAUUAGAGUCUCAAUUUAACUACCAAAACUCGAUUGAAGAGAGUAUUGUGUUAAUCUACGAUCCAAUCAAAAGUAGUAAGGGAAAACUAUCCUUGAAAGCCCUCCGACUUACACCAGUGAUGAUGCAGUUUUUCAAUGAAGGAAAAUAUACUCCUGAAGAUUUAAAGAAAACAGGAACCAGCUUUGAUAACAUGUUUGAAGAAGUUGAUAUCGUGAUUAAAACUUCAAAUUUAACUAGUGCAUUGUGCUGUGAAUUAGGAGAAAUUAUGCCAAGCGGUAAUCAAUAUGGAUUCCUCGAUUUAGGAAUGGGCAAUUUACUAGAAAAGAAAUUGAAAUUACUGAUGGAUUGCGUUGAUGAAUUAUCACAAGACUCAAGUCGAUUCUUUAGUUAUCAAAGGCAAUGCCAAAAACAACAACAGCAGAAACAGCAAGCUCUACAAAAGAGAUUUGCUGAAAAUAAAGCAAGAUCAGAAAGAGGCGAAGCUCCAUUGCCUGAUGACGACAUUCAUAAGCAAUUUAAGCCAAUCGCAGUUCCACCACGAUUGGAUUCCCUUUUGGUGUCCUCACAAAUUGCAUCUUUUGCUGAACAGAUUGACGAAUUUGCCAACCAGAGCUUUGGAAAAUUGUUUAUGGGUGAGAGUUUGCUACCGAAAGAAGAAAGCGGGUCUUCCGGUGCUAAAGACUGAAGUUAUUUUGUUUAAAUUACAUUCUAAGAAUAAAUUUUCUUUUUUUUUUCCUGCUUGAACUUAAGAUCACGAUUCACACUUAACUCAGUGUACAUUAUGUAUCAUUCAAUUUUUCCUAAGUGGCAUUAGUGCUUAGAAGAACAAUUUUGAAAGUUCUGUGAAGAUGGUUAAACUCUAUUUUCUUAAUAUAAUUACACAUUUUAACAUAAUUUCUAUAUGAUUGUUAAAUCAACUAUCGAUCUAUCAUUGGCAGAUGAAAUACACAUUUUCCGCUAUCCUAUAA